CCCCCCGGCAGUCCCCAGCCCGCUCCCCAGCCGGGGGCAAAUCUGCUCCCCGGGUCACCAUGUCGGAUUCGGAAGAAGAAUGUCAGGACCGGCAACUCAAAAUCGUCCUGCUGGGCGACGGCACCUCUGGAAAGACCUCCUUAGCUACGCGGUUUGCUCAGGAAGCGUUUGGCAAACAGUACAAACAAACUGUAGGACUGGACUUCUUUUUGAAAAGGAUAACAUUGCCAGGAAACCUUAAUGCUACUCUACAAGUUUGGGAUAUAGGAGGGCAAACAAUAGGCGGCAAGAUGUUGGAUAAAUAUAUCUAUGGAGCACAGGGAAUUCUCUUGGUCUAUGACAUUACAAAUUACCAAAGCUUUGAGAAUUUAGAAGACUGGUAUAACAUGGUGAAGAAAGUGAAUGAAGAGUCAGAAACACAGCCAUUGGUGGCCUUGGUGGGCAAUAAAAUUGAUUUGGAACAUAUGAGAACAGUAAAACCUGAUAAACACCUACGUUUUUGCCAGGAAAAUGGCCUCAGUAGUCAUUUUGUGUCAGCAAAGACUGGAGAUUCUGUCUUCCUGUGUUUUCAGAGAGUUGCUGCUGAAAUCCUUGGGAUCAAAUUAAACAAGGCAGAAAUUGAACAGUCACAGAGAGUGGUGAAGGCAGAUAUUGUAAACUACAAUCAGGAGCCUGUGUCAAAAACUAUUAACCCUCCUAGAAGCUCGAUGUGUACAGUUCAGUGAACACAUUUUUCUUUGUAAUGAUCAAUUUGGCCAGCUGCACACCUCUUCCAUGGAUGGGCUCAAGGACUGCUAAGAAGUUUGUUUUAACAGCGGCCAUCUCUAUAGCACAAAAAGAGAAAGACAAACCACUACACCAUUUGUGUUACAAAGUAGCAGGCAAGGAUUCUUCCUUUGGAUGACACACUGAAAUCAAACUUGCGAGUCUGGUUUUUGGAAUUAUAUUGCUUCUAUGGAUAUAGUGAGGCUUAUAAGGAUCUGUAAGGAUGCCUAUAGCACUUAAAUUAGUUGCAUAUAUUUGAAAACCACCCAAAUCCAAGCAAGGUAUUUUGCCACAGCAUUGUCUGAUUCUGUGGUCUAAACUCAUAUGUAACAAAGUGAAAAUCAGAUGCUAUUGUCAGAGAAAAACAAUGAAAUGACCAAUAUAUUUUAUCCAGAAGUAAUUUAGAAGGAAUUCCUUUCAUAUAUAUAUAGAGUGAUCAAAACUGUACAAAGCUGUAUCUAAUUGAAAAUGCUUAAAAUAAAGCUCUAAUAAGAAUAUUUUUUCAUUUUAAAAAAGGUCUUAAAUUGUUCAUAUCGUAGCUAGAAACUCACUGAGUGGUGAAUAUUUGAUAUUGUAUUUUUCUUACUGUAUCAUGGUCAUUAUGUAUUGUGUAAAACUCAGGUUAGAUUGCUUUAUAAAUUUUGAUCAACAUUUACCAGUUGUAACAUGAAGUUUUUUCCCCCACAAACUGUUUGCUUAGUUGUAUGCUCAGAAUGAGUUAUGAAGUAUUGCUGGGUCAAUGUGGAUCAGACUAUACCUGAUGUUCAAAUAUUCCUUUUCUGUCUCAAAUAAAUUUAUUUAAAUCA